AUGAAGAUUGAAGACGAAAUCAAGAGUAAUUCCUUCUUCACUCCGACCAGAUUGAAGUCCCUCUAUUCCGAUUUUGAAAAUCUACAGAUCAUCAACCCCGAAGGCUAUGAAGCCAACGUGCAUGCGUGGAAUGAUUUGCUAGUGAGCCUUUUGAUGAAGGGAUACUUUGCUCCUGCUUCUUCAUUGAGCAUACCAGCACUUUCAUUGUCACAAUCGUUGAGCAUACCUCAGUACGGUAAGCCAAGAGCAUUGGCGCUUGUGUUGACUGAGUUGGUCAAACGACAUGCGCUAAUUCCAUAUUCUCACUUCCGGAGUGAAAGUCGCUCAUACUAUGAGCUAAUGGAAACCACUACUGUCAGGUACUCUGAUUAUAUCUCGCCCAAGAAGUGGCUAGACUGGAGCCUUUCUGCAGUUUUCCAUAAGGAAUUCCAUGCUGGUACCUCCAAAGGCGGAGAACUUACCCCAGAGAAUUACAUUGAUUGGAAUUUGUUGGUUUGCGUAGGCACAGAAGUAGAGACUAAGCUAAGAAAAAUGUUACACUCAUACAGUUCUAGACUUUACGGUAUUGAAGAGUUUAGUUCUCUAUUGCACAGUCUUGGGGUUGUCCCUAGUCUCUCGCAAAUAGAUAUUGACAUACUCCGAACGUUUUUGUCAAGAGACCGUGGAUUCUUAUACGUGAUAUCACAUCCUGAAGGAGAAACUUACAUAAAAGUCUAUCCAAACAGCAAAGAAGAGAAAUUUUUCACAGAGGAAGACAUAGCUAUAAUAAUGUUGAAGAAAAGUAUCAUCAAUUACGAGAAUCGCCAAGCUCAAUUGGAUUUAAAGCUAGCUGAAACCAAUACUAAGAUCAAAAACUUGCUAGGCAAGGAGUCGGACAAGCCCAGGGUAUUGAAACUAUUGCAGACCAGGAAAUUGUUCACGAAGUCAUAUGAGAGGUGUUCUAACUCCUUGUUGCAAUUAGAAGAAGUCUUACUCAAGAUGAAUGAUGCCACUGACAACGUAGACAUGAUGAAAGUAUUGAGCCAAUCUACCAACGCAUUGAAGAUCAUAAACUCAAAGGUGGAUCUUGGACGUUUGGAUACAAUUAUAGGCGACUUAGACGAGAAUACCCAGCUAACAAAUGAGAUAUCGGAGAGCUUGGGUGGCUUGGUGUCUAUAUCAGAUGAUGAGAUAGAGGAGGAGUUUCAAAAUUUACAGAGAUCGACUCACGCUAAUGAGCAAAAGAGACUUGAGUUGGACAAGUCGCCUCAUACUAAGCAGUUGGACAGACUGGAGUCAGACAAAUUGAUUUCAAAGCUAAGGGACUUAGAAAUCAAGCCCCAAGAUCAUGUAGUAGAAGAGAGGCAAAAUAAAGAUCUGGCGAGGGAAGAAGGGGGCCAUAUUUACAAUACUUCAGAAGUGGAAGCCCCAGAGCAUGAACCCUUGGCAAAUUGA